GAAGGUCAAAACACGAUCUUAGGAAAGAAAAAAAAAAACAUAGGACAAAAAGAGAAAGAGGAUGGAGAAACAAUUAUAUCAAAACAUGGAAGCUGCUCAAGUCGAACGAGGCAUCGGAACACUAGACUUGUCGCCGGAAAAGGAGAAGGAAAAAUCCCAUAAGCAUAGAGGACUAUUUCACCUCCACCAUCACUCAAAAGAUGAGAAAGAAGAAGAAAAAAAGAAAGAAGGUUCAAAGAGAGAGAAGAUAGCUGCAGCAAUGGUUGGUCUUGGAGCCACACUCAAGAAAGUUAAGCAUCCGCGCCACCAUGGAAGCGGUGGAAAAGAGGAACAAGAAGGAGCAGCAGAGGAAGAAGAAGAAGAAGAGGAGGAGGAGGAAGAUGAUGGUGGAGAUGAAGAAGAGGGAGGCAAGUUUAGUGCUUUCAUUUCGAUGAUAGCGGAAGCAUUUGAAGAAUAGAAAUUGUAAUUUGUUAUCAAUUUGUUGUAUUUUGUUUAUUCAAACUUGUUAUCAAAUUUGGUAUUUGUAAUGUUUCCCUUCUUAGCAAACUUUGAAAUGAGAUUUUUAUUUAAUGAUUUAUAAAAUGGUAUAUAGUUUUAUAUGUGAUAUUUGUUAUGUAUUUCGAGUAGUUGUAAAAGUAGUUUAUAAAGUCCUAUCUUUACU